UGCCUUCCCAGCCAACCGCGCGACGGACGUGUUACCAACUUAUCAACAACGCGAAUUUCGAUAAACUUUUCGAAUUUCAAAUAACCGCGUUUCAAGUGUUUUAUAAUUUCUGUGAUGGAAUGUGUUUACGGUUCAGUAUUUAACAGUGUAUGUGCGCGCCUAAAUAUCGUUGAAUGUUAAUUUGUAUUUUUGCAAUCGUCGAAAAUGUGACUGUUGGCUCAACUCGUCAACAUGGCUUAUUGUGACUGAGUAUAGAUGUUUGUGAAAAUGCGGGAGUUUAUAAGGAUUUCCCUGGUGUGUUUGUGUGCGGUGUUGCUGAUCCACGUAACGCUAUGUGAGGAUGUUUCGGGGGAGGCAGACGAUGUGACGGACGACAGGAAGGAUGGGAAAACUGGAGUCUUGACAGGUGGUGUUCGGCGUACGACCACCCAGAGCAAUGCGAACGCGACGCGAGACUCGCAGCUGCUGUCAGUACUGGCUGCCAGAAGACGACAACUGCUUAGCGGGCGGCUCGCCACACACAUCAACACACUCGCUACCCUAGCCCAUAAGCCUAACAAAGGCAACACCACAUUCGCCCAGUUGGAGAUCCGAGACUCAAACAGCUCACUGGUCAAACGGAUCACAUUCGACAAUGGCAGCAACGAAGCGGCGCCGUCUCUAAGACUUGUCACUACCGAUGGAAAUAAGGAAAUUCAUCAAAAUGUCAAACCGCACGAGAUCAGACACCUCUUUAUCCCUAAAAUAUACCAAGAAAACAAAAACAGAUCUGGCUUCGUCAGCAAUAGAAGAAAAGACACAAAAAGCCUACCGAACAUUGAAUCAGCUACUGAAGUAGUAUACAUCCCACCUGAAAAACUUGAAGGACUCGAAAAAGAAGUAGAAUUAGAUCCAGAAGAAGAGUUUCAAGUCGAUGAAUCAAAUCAUGGACUGUACUUACUGAACUAUUCGGACACUGAAAAUGUGACGCAAAGUUCUAAUUUAAAUAAAACAACCACGGACAGUAAUGAUAAUAAAGAGAGGACAGUAGAUGUUGAGAGUUUUACUCCCACUAGCAAUGCUUCCAAAGAAAUUGUAAGUACCACCACUACCAGCACAACCAUCAAACCAGCUGAAAAUAAUCAAGUAAACAACACAGAUCGCAAUAUGAAUACAAACAGCACAGAAACCAAGAACACUAAACUAGUUAAGGUCGAAAAUGAGGCUAAAGAAAAUCACACAUUAUUUAUGUCUGACGAGAUUUACAACCACUUUAGACCUCUAGAGACCGAGCUACCAGUAGAAGAUAUGGCACCGUUUUUAUUCUUUGGUCAGAAAAUUGGAGGUCCAGUCAUUAGUGAUAAUUUGACAAAUUCACCUUCUCUUUCGGCUUCAACAAAAUCAGUUAAUUAUAUUGUUGCCCCACUGGAGAAAAGAAAAUUUAACUCGAGAUAUUCUGCUACUGAAAAGUAUAGGAACACAAGCGCUGAAGAAGAAGAAAUUAAUGAAGACAUGGAUGUUUCAGUGGUCAAGAACGUCAUAGAAAAGAACAAGAUUAGAAAUACUGUUAAAGGCCCUGCACCCGCUAGACAUGUAGGUUUAGUCAAUGCUUAUAGAAAACACACAAGUACGACCCAAUUACCAUCGAAAUCACUUAAUAUUGGGCAAAUGAAUGUCACGGAACCAAUAGUGCAGAAUGUCACACCGAGCACUGUAGAUAAGAACAGAAACAAUCGAACGAUCAGUACUAACGCGACUACCGAGGCUUUAAAUAGAACUGUUACUGGGAAUACAACAUUACAGCGAGAUAAUAAUAAUAGCAAUUUAAGGACGAAUAAUAAUAAUACUACAACCCCAAGAAAUUAUACCAGAAGCUAUUUCAAUCUCCGGCGACGACCUUCAAGAUUGAGUGCAGCAUCUAGUACUGAAAAUAUCCCUUUUACUGUCAUAGUAAAUACUACAACUGAGAAAGCUUCUACCGUAUUCACAGCUGUAGUUACAUCUGUAUCAAUAACUUCUUCAAUGAAGGGACAAAAUAAAACUGAUGGAUUAGGUAAAGAUUCUAGUAACAGUACAGUAACAAAUGGAACUUUGCCUGAAGUAAAUGCGGCUACGGAUUCAACUACGCUAAAGGUUAUUCAGCUGAAUAAUACAUUACCAGAAACAAUAACAACAACUACAUCAUUACCACCGGUAUCACGUUCGUAUAAACAUAGGAUUCGUAUCCGUACUACAACAACCGAAAGUACUUUAAAUCAACCUAAUCCUUUCCAUAAAACGACUGAAACUCCAUUAACCAGUGAAUCUACGAAAAAUGUAAACGAUUUAAAGAACGAAGCUACAACUUCCAGAAUAUCUGAAAGGUUGGCUAAUUUAUUUAAACAGGAAUACGAAAAUACAACAACUGGUGGUCCGAUAAGGCCGAAAAAUAUUUUGAAGAGACGUCGUCCUACAACAACUACCACUACUAGCACAACCACGACUUCGACAACAAGUGCCCCUGUACCAACAGUAGUUAGCGCUGUUUCUAAUGAAUAUACAACAGAAGUAACAACGCCAGUCAUCGAUCCAAUUAAUAUACCAAGUCCAAGUCCUACUUUAACCACUCAACCUACAGAAAGCACUGAAGGUUUCAAAGCUUUCAUAGUGACUUCGAGAACAUCAUCAGAAUCAAGCUCCAAACCAGUGUUGCUCCCUGCAAAUGCGUCUUCUAAUAGUGACAACAAAACUGUGGGAAAUUUCACAAGAGUAGAGGAUAGCAGCGAACCAACAUCGCAGAACGAAGAAGUGGUUAUAGAAGCUGAUAAAUCCUAUACAGCUUCUUACGUUUUAGCUGGACUUGGAUUCCUUCCGGUAAUGGCUAUCGUGGCGUUUGUGUUGAGGAAUAUUAUGAAUAAAAAGACCAAAGAAAUUGAUACGGAAUACGAAGGUUACUUCGAUGAUGGUGAGAUAAAGAAGGAGAAUCCUAUCACGCCGGUGGCUAGACCGCCGCUGCCGACUCCGACUAAGACAGAUCCGAAAUGGGAGUUCCCUAGAAACAAAUUGAGGCUACAAACUUUGUUGGGGCAAGGAAACUUCGGACAGGUGUGGAAAGCCGAGGCUGACGACCUGAACGGCCACGACGGCCUGACGCGGCUGGUGGCGGUAAAAAGCAUCAAGGAGACAGCCUCACAGAAGGAGAAGCAAGAGUUGCUCCAAGAGAUCUACAUCAUGCAGAAGAUUGGGACUCAUCCCAACGUGGUUACGCUACUCGCCUGCUGUACCGAACAAGAACCGUACCUCCUAAUAAUGGAGUACGUGAUGUGCGGCAAGUUGCUGACGUACCUGCGCGAGCGCCGCUCCCGGCCAGACCGCUUCAGCGGGAGCGGUGCGCUGACGUCACGAGACCUCACCGUUUUCGCGUACUGCGUCGCUAGGGGGAUGGACUAUAUUGCUUCCAAAGGGAUCGUCCACCGCGACUUGGCAGCCCGUAACGUCCUCGUGGACCACAAUAAGCUCUGCAAGAUCGCCGACUUCGGCAUGUCCCGGUGCGCUGGCAGUGGCGCUAGGACCUCCAGGGGAGCCCUACCUGUGCGGUGGAUGGCGCCCGAAGCCCUACUAUACAACGUCUACAGCCACCACACCGACGUGUGGGCUUUUGGGAUACUGCUGUGGGAGAUUGUUACACUCGGUUCAACGCCGUACGCUGCGAUGUCAGGCCGCGAGGUGCUGACAGCGGUGACAGAAGGCUACAGACUGGAGAGACCACCGCACUGCAAGCCCCAGCUGUACAGAGCCAUGCAUUCUUGCUGGCAUGCUGACCCGUCCCAAAGACCUACCUUCGCAGCCUUGAAGUCCCAACUCGCUGAACUUUUGGACAAUGAGCCUUCGGAAGGGAACUAUGUAGAUUUAGACUCGUUUUAUCAAGAGUCUUCUGUGUAUAGUGACCCGUCGGCCAUUAUCCAUGACGAUGAUGGGCUUUCUGCGGAGUAUGAUAGGGAGAGGAGGGUUUUUAGAGAAUUAAAUACAGGACCAGCGAAAUUCGAGAACCGAGCGUUCAGUCUCCGCGAUGAGGAGUUCCGAAACAAAUUUAGUAUUAGCACUCCGAGAAUGGGCGGCUUCGGCAUCCGAGACGUGCCCUUCAACGAGAGAAACUUCUCUGAUGGAGAGUUCAACGAACGCUCGUUCACCGAUAAGAACUUCAGUGAACGGAGUUUCACCGACAAAAAUUUCAACGACCCAAAUUUCACAGAACGGAAGGAUGGAAAACUGUCAACGUCCAGUUUCCACAGAGAAAGAGAGAGGGAGAAUCCCCUGGUCAGUAGGAACAGUUUCAACGGUUUCCCAAGAGUAGGAACUCGGGACAACCACUUCCAAAUGUCGCCAGAUGGCAGGAAUAAGAGAGUCUCAGAAUUUGAAUGCGACAUUUAAAUGGUACUGUUCAGUAAAAUUCGACUGAAAUUGUAGAUAUUUUUAAACCCCGAGACAUAUGGGGUGUUAGGUGUACGAAUGUGGUGAUUUGCCUAUUCGAUUUGAAACUUGAAUUCUUUGUAUUCGAUUUUGAAACGUCAUUAACAUAGGAUCUUUUCAAUAUCUGCGACGUUUUUUGAAGAAAGAAGGACAUAAAGGUGCCUAUUCGAACGGAGACAAACGUAACAAAUUUUCUCUUAUACUAGUGCCGUCUCUCAUUUAUAACACGAGCAAGAAAGAGAUGGAGCUAGUUUCAGUUCUGUCAAAUUAAGUUAGGUGGUUGCACAAAGCGGCAACAAUGUAGCCUUAUGUUCUGUUUACGGGGCAGAGUCCAGAGACCUUUAAGAUGAUGUCUGGUAUUCAAAUUGGAGUAGAAGAGUCCAGUUUUAGGUCAAAGAAGGGUAAAAUCAUGGCCCUCCGUGCAUUGUAGGUUUGCCAAACACUAGCACUGAAGAUUUCGUUUUAAUGCACGAAUCAUGUUUUUUGCCAAAUGUGUGAAAUCGUGAAUUUUACGUUCUUAAGUUUCGAUUUCAAUAGAUUUGAAAUCCUGUAACUUAGAACUUGUGUUAUUGUAAAUAAUAAAAUAUGUUAACUUAUGUCAGUAUUGUAUUUUAUGCCUUAGGGUGUUUGAUGUUUCCACUAUGAAAGUAAUAUUUUUGUAAAUAGAUAUAUUUUAUUGGUAGACGAACUGCAUUGAUGUAUAUUAUGAUGGAUUGUAAAUUUUUAUACGUAUGAUAGGUAAACACGGGAUUGUGAAGUGUAACAUUUGUGUAUUCCGUGCAAUCGUGUUUAUGAAUCUGAAUGUUUAGACUACUUUUUAUUUACUUACACACAAAAUAAAUAGAACUCUUUUUACUUAGUUUUAAAUUUGUUGGAUCAUAAAGGUGCUAAACACAUAAUCUAUUUUAUAUUAAAGUUGGUGUAAAUAUCUGUAAUAGUAAAGUUUUAUAACCACGUUGUAUGCACUAAAUGUAUAAUUUUCUUUUAUAAAAAUCUCAGUUCAACAUUAUUUUCUAGUCUAAAGAAAUGUAUGAUAGUAUUGGAUUGUUAGGAUCUGAAUUAUUGUUUAAGAUCGAAAGAUUUAUUUUAUUAUUGAAUUAUAGUGAUUUAUUAAAAUAAA